GGGGAUAUUAACUCAACCCUGUCGGAAUUGCGAAUUUGGGGUCCUGAAUUCUAGUCCCCGUCUCUCAAUUUAUUUAUUUUCGCUUUCCUUCCUUCGAGCUCUCGUUGGUAUUUAAACCCUAAUGUCUUCUCGCAGGAUACACGACAUUCCUUUCCCUUCGUUCUCCCUUGUAAUGAGCCAGUCUUCGACGAGCAACAUGAGGUUGCCCAGCUACAGGACUUCUUACUUGCUUCGCUUCCACCCUUACCCGAGGGUAAAGCCGAGCCAACGUGAGAGCCUGAUGAACACUGUAGAUGAUCGCCUCAGCAAUCAGUACGAUGUUGUUGAUGAAGACAACAGUGCUAGACCGGUGAUUCUUGACUUCUCUGAUGUCCAUGAGGAGCAGCAUCCUAAUGUUGAGAACCUGCAGGAAGCUGUCGAAGUUGCCGAGGCCGGCGUCAAACCUCGCGUCAGGCGCCUCAGCUUGACCACUUUGAUCAUUGACCUUGCAUUGCUAGUGGCCAGAAAGCUGGCUUUGAAAGCCAGGUAGUUGGCCUUCAAAACUAGGUAGUUGGCCAUAGCAGCACAGACGCCAGUAUUCGAUAUUGAGAAAAACCAGGCGGCGAUCCCUAACAAGCUGUUUCCAGUGUAUUAAUUCCGGUCAUGCUGUCGAUCGUCUUUCAACUUGUAUAUCGCCACGCUAUCAUUUGUAUCAUACUAUCGUUACUCCUUCAGUUAUUUCAACGUCCUUUACAUCCAUC